AGUCGCAGCGUAGGAUGGUUCGAACUCGCUCCGAUGGCACGCCUUCUCGCGCUCCUGGUGUUGGGUGCCACUGCUGAGGAGUGUCAGCAUGGCUAUGCCUUCCUGAACACCCCCUCCGUGCUCACCGACGCGCAGCCGACGGCGCAGAGCUCCGCGCAGAGCCCCGGCGGCGUGUUGGCGCGGGUCGCGGCAAAGAGCGCGCAGCACUGCCAGAAGUCAUGUGUGCUCCAAGCGAGCUGCAACUUCUUCGUUUUCGAUUCCUCGACGUUGCAAUGUUCGCUGCUGGCGACCUAUGUCGACCUGGUGCAGCAGGACACCGCAGUGUCCGGGGACGUGCACUGCUCGCUGGAAGCGAACGCCGAAGAGACCGAGGAGGAGCAAAAGGAUCGCAUCUCCAACUCAGUGGUCGCCAUGGCCAAGUUCGUGAUAGAAAGGAGCACAGAUCCUGAGGCGGUGGACAUUGCCGAGCACUUGGCCUGGAGUGUGGACAAUGGCUUCCUGGCGGACACCUCCUACGCCAGCAUCGCGCGGGUCUCCACGGCGACCUCGAUGCUGAUCAGCAGCCCCACGGAGUUCCGAAACGCCGCUGCCCAAGGAAUGCUGCUGACCAGGUCAGAUUUGGAUUGGCUUCUUCGAAACACGGAGGGACGCAACACUUCUCCAGAGGAGAAGGCAGAAACGCAGGGGGACCUCGUCGACGGAGGGCAUGGCGGGAUCUUAGGAGGAGAUGUGGGGCAUUCCUCGCUGGAGAGCCACGGAGUGGGGCAGCCCUGGACCAAUGCAGAGGUGAAGUACUGCUUCGAUCAGUACAUCGCGGAGAGCGCAAGGCAGGCGGCUGAAUGCGCCAUGGGGCGCAUCCGCAGCAACGUCCCGGGGAUUGCCUUCAUUGACGUAGGUUACACGGGCCAAGGGCGGUGUGCAUCGGUGCCAGCGGUCUUCAUCCAGUCCUCGGACAACGGGUGCUGGGCGAACAUCGGGAUGAGCGCCAGCCUGUUCGGUUUCGGCUCCAACCAGAAGCUGAAUUUGCAAACCCCCGGGUGCAACGACUGCGGCACGGCCACCCACGAGAUACUUCAUGCGCUAGGCAUGGCGCAUGAGCAGUCUCGCCCGGACCGGGACACCUACAUCUCGGUGCUGUGGAAUAACAUCAAGCCAGGCAUGGAGGAUCAGUUCACCAAGAACUCCAAAGCGGAUAUCAGCCGGCCCUACGAUAUCAUGUCGAUCAUGCACUAUGGAUCUAUGUCCUUCACGAAGAAUGGCCAAGAGACGAUUCUGGUGAAGCCUGCAGGCUACUCGCUGUACACGGACGAUCCCGGGAGAUAUAGAUACUUCCGGAUCGGGCAACGGAUGCACAUGAGCAAGGAAGAUGUGGGCCAGCUCGUGGAUCUCUAUAGAUGUGAAGGCGAAUACAACGAGAUCUGCAUGUCCAACGGCGGGGGCAGCGGCCCUUUGGCCCCGUCCGGCCCGACUCCCACGGACCCGACGAAUCCGACGGGCGGCGGCGGCAGCUUGAUCGUGGGGCCAGACCUGAGCGGCGAGCAGCUGGUGAUGCUCUUCAUCGCCGCCGUCGCCUCUUUUGUCAUCUCCGCGUGCAUGUGCUGCAUUUGCUGCCGCGCCUCAGGCUACGGCCGGCUGUGAAGAGAGUGGAGUUUCAUCUGAAGGCGCGUGACUCAAGACCAGGCCAAAAGCGGCCCAAGGCCCUCGCAGGGCCUCUUCUUGGUUUUGACACGCUGCCAAGUGCUGGCAUUGUCAAAGUGCAAUGUAAAAUAUAUGAAGUUCUGAUGUUUGGGCAAAUUCUGUCGCAACCUCACCGACCGAGGGGGUUGCGGCCUCAUCAUGACAAUCUUUCCUUG